UGUGGAAUAUGCCUCACAGCUGUAACUAGAACCUUGGAAUGCGUGCGCGUUUUAUUCGAGCCCCUUCAACAACGGGCGUCUACCAACAGCUUCAAGAAGGGGAAGACGACAGACAUUUAGAUAUAUUACAUGAAAGACACGUUUAACCAUUUCCUAUAUUGCUGCUCUAUUUAAAGGAAAUUAUAAUGCAAUGGGGAUUUCAUCUUGUCUGGACGAUGUUUUGAAGCAGGAAGGCGGACAUGCGUUCAUAAUGUGGCAACCUUAUUUGUCUCCCCCUAGGUCUUGUUAAAGUAACUUUCCCCGUGGCUUUUGAUUGACGGCUCCAUAUUUUCAGUGGGGAUUUUUUUUCUGUCUGGUGAAAGAACGAAAAAAAAGACAGCGAAUUUGAAAGGGAAGAAAGGAAGAAAACACAGGAGUAAACAGCGCAUAUAUCCAUAUACAUAUAUCAACAGCGACUAAAGGACCGGCUCUGCAAAACACCAUAUGUCAAGACAAGAAGACUAGAGUUGUGUUUAUAUGUAGAUAAGCCACAUAUUUUUAAAAAGGUAUUUUUCCUCUCGGAUUUUCUUUUUUUACUUAAGAAAAUUGAAAGUAGCUGAGAUGACGAGUGAAUUGCAGGAGAUCGCCAUCACCGAAGAGAGGCCUCUGCUUCCUGGUCAGGCUGACUCCAAGGAGGCUGAGCUGGCUGCUCAAAUACUGCUAGACCAGGGAAAGGAACACACCAUUGAGACCCCGCAUGGAGAUAUUCACGUCACCCUGCAUGGCACGGUGAACACCCGGCGGCCUGCUAUCCUCACCUACCAUGAUGUGGGGUUGGAGAGUAAAAGCUGCUUCUCCACCCUCUUUAAUUUUGAGGAGAUGCAGGAGAUCGUGAAAAACUUUACUGUGAUACACAUAGACGCCCCGGGACAGGAGGAGGAGGCGGCCACGUACCCAGCAGGGUACCAGUAUCCAUCCAUGGAGCAGCUGGCGCAGAUGAUUCCCUCAGUUCUGCAGUACUUUAAUUUCCGCAGCGUGAUCGCUAUGGGCGUGGGCGCCGGCGCAUAUGUCCUCUCCAAGUUUGCUCUGGACAGCCCAGACACUGUGGAAGGCCUGGUUUUGAUCAACAUUGACCCAGAUGCUCGGGGCUGGAUGGACUGGGCAGCACAAAAGUUAACCACGUUGACAUCCUCCUUCACAGAGCAGAUACUGGGCCACCUCUUCAGCCAGGAAGAGCUGUCUACGAACACAGAAGUGCAAAGACAAAGGGAAAGGCUCUCGAAAUCCACCAAUCUCCCCAAUGUGGAACUCUUCUGGAAGACUUAUAACAGUCGCAGAGAUCUGAACAUCGAUCGAAAUAGCCCUUUAAAAUGCCCUGUGAUGCUGGUGGUAGGAGACCAGGCCCCUCACGAAGAGGCAGUGGUGGAGUGCAACAGCAGGCUAGAUCCAACGACAACUUCAUUCCUUAAGAUGGCAGAUGGCGGUGGCCUUCCUCAGAUCACCCAGCCCAGCAAACUUACGGAGGCUUUUAAGUACUUUAUCCAGGGCAUGGGAUACAUGGCGUCAUCCUGCAUGACACGGCUCUCCCGGUCCCGAACCGCCUCCCUCUCCUCUUCCUACUCCAUAGAUGGCUCGCGCUCGCGCUCCCGCACCCUGUCCCAGAGCUCACAGGGGGGGCAGAUGCCCCCAAGCCCCACCCAAACCAUGGAGGUGUCUUGCUAAACACAAGGGGAGCCGAGGCAGAGUAAAGGAUCCAGAGAUCACAUUCAUUUAGCCAUUUUUUCCCCCUGAAAAAUUAACAGCAAUAUUCUGUGAGGAGCCAUUUAUUAUUUUCAUUCAUUGUGAAUGUAGAAAGCGACAGAGGUAUUGUGCCCCCAGACAGACAGAGAGUUCUCCCCUUCUCCCCCCCCCCAAGACCUGCUCUACACACCACACCGCAUCAUCAUCUCAAUACCCCUCAAGAGGCAGAGAAUGGAUGAAUUCCCACCACUCUACCCCUUCUCUCCUGUCAGGUUAUCACUGUGUCACAUGACAGCCCUUUGACUUUGUGGGCGGGGUUAGUGUGUCUAAGGGAAGCCUCUGAGAAAAGAAAACAAGGUUGGUGUGCAACUUUUAGGUCAGGUAAACAGAAGUGUUACACCGCCAUAGUGAUUAAAAUAAUGUUGAGGACAAAGAUUGACAUCAUAAACAAGACAUAGGCACUAUUAAUAUUAUGAUUGUUAUUAAUAAUAACAGUGAUAAAAAAUAUAGCAUUAGGCAAUAUGUAUUUCUUAAUUUCAAAUUGUGAUAUAGCACUUAAGCAAAAAACAUAAAAGAAAUAGUGUUAACAUAAAUUCUCUGUGUCUGUCUGUCUGUCUUAUAGUAAUAUUUACCCAGGAUUUGAAAUUGAAUGUGUUUUAAUUUUGUGAUAUUGCCAUGGUUUGUGGCAGCAGGCAUAAACUUGGAGCCGGAGACUGUAGGUUGAGUUCUGGUGGUUGAGCUGAUAGGACAUGGCCCAGUCUAUUUGUGUGACCGGCCUAACCCAUUAAUUUGAUUUGAUUGAUCUCUGUCCCAGCGUCUGGUUUCACUGACUUAACUAUGUUGAACUGUGUACAGUUACCUUAAACUUCCAGAGCUUCCACUUUCUUGACAUGUUUUCUGUGUAUGUUCUUGGUGAAAUGCUUUGGUUGUACAUUUUUGUGUGUGUGUGUUUGGGCCUUCUGGUAAGUGGGAUGGAGUUGAUCUCAUAUGAAACUGCAUGCCUGAAUUUUCAUUAUGUCUGAAAGUUCACUGUAUGAUGCAUGAUCCUAUAGGUGGAAAAAAUGAAACGUAUGGGUGGCACAAGAAGGUGGAAGGAAGACGCUGGAGGAAGAAAUGAGCAAAUAGGAUCAGGGCUGAUGCUGUCUGUAAAGGAACACUUUCUAAACAAAAUGAGGGUAGUUGCAGCACCAUGUGGCAGCCCACCAAUCAUAGAACUGUUACAGAACAAAGAAACAAAGAAAUCAGCCAAAUAUGUCAUGGCCAGCUCCUUAACAACAUUUAGAUAUUAGAUAAAAGUAGAACUCCCAAAUGUACCAAUGUAAUAGGUACAGUGAGAUCUGCUGUAGUAUUUAGUGUUGCUUCUUGGGACAAAUCUAUCGUAAAUAGGGGUGGGGGGGGGGGGGGGGGGGGGAAGAGUCUCCUUCACAUCACUUCUAAAGAUAAGUAAAUACAGGCAGCACAGGAAAAUAUGAUGAAUGCACAGCUAUCUAUAAUGAUGCUACUGGGUAACAUCUACUCAGUCACUGUCAAUCCACUGCAUAGGGUUUGGAGAUAAUCAGCCAAAUCAGUAGAGAAGGAACAUAAAUGUCUCACUCACAGCCAACUAAUCCCAGCACUGGAGCCUGUACCACUUCCUGAGUCCUUACUGACUGCCAAAGGCUAACACCUAUCCCAAAGUCAUCCGUUUAGGAAUGCUAAGGGUCCACACCAGUCUAUAGUCCCUUUUGCCCUGUAUGAGUUUUAACAAAUUAUUUUGCUAAACAAAUUGUUAAGUUAAAAUAGUGGCCAAGAGAUUGCGAGUAACUUCUUUGGUGGGAUAUCCUACUGUAAAAAUGGAUAACAUGUAAAAUUAUAAGCUAUGUUGUUUUGGGUUAGUGUCUACUAUGCAUUUAAUUAAUGAUUCAUAAUGUUUAUAAAGCUAAAUACUGCCCUGAUAAUUCCCUAUGCUGAACACACAAAUUACACAUCCUUACAGAUAGGGAUGUCUGUGGGACACACCAGUAUGCAUGUGUGUGGGUUUAGCUACCAGCAAUCAACUUUUUGCCCCGAAGUAUUUUUGCAAGCAUUUUUGUCUGUGUGUGUGUUUUUCUUUUGGACUGAGUCCAAUUAGCAGGAUGUAUUCAUGGAGCGGGCAAUGGUGGUGUGUGGAGGAUGGGAAGGAGUUACGCAGUAAUCUGCAUGUGCUUGAAUGAUUUAUUAUUGUUGCAGUGAUAAGAUUGAUGAUUUGUGAGAGACAUGACUGCAUUUUAAGAACAAGACUGUGUAGAGAUCCCCCUGAGUGACAGUGAACGACCUGGAAGAGUCUACCAAAUAUGGAAAUAGGCGGAGCUACAAUGUUGCCAGAAUCAGACAGACAUCUGAAUGUGUUUGCACAUCCAGUUUGGGUUUUGCCUUUUUAUAAGUAAUUUUUCCCAUUUUUUUCUUUACUAAGAGCAUCUGUGUUUUUCUCUGUGAAGUGUUAGUUUAUUAUCUCUGUAUCUUCACAGGAUAGCCAGUGGUGUGCAAAUAAUUGUGUAACUUUUUUAGCUUUAGCACUAAACAGGAAGAAGUAAUAUAAUUAACAAAUAAUAAUUAUAACGAUAUACAAUCAAACUGAAUAGUGUGGCUAAUUUCUUGUGUAAUCUGUUGAACAACAAAAAUAUCUUAAGUAAAGCUAAUAAAAGUUGGGAAAAUGAA